AUGCAGCUAUUCAAUGACGCCUAUGGGGACUUGGUGCUUAAGUCUUUAUGUUUACGGAAUAAGUUUCCUUUGUUUCAUGAGAAAAUGAAUGACAUCAAAACAUUUCACGGGUUGAGGAUGUUGGAUUUGUUUGGCUGCAGACUUGGAGAUGAUCAUGAGAUUUUUCAGCACCUGACAUCCAGCCUGAUGACAAGCUUGGAACGACUGUGUAUUGGUGGCAACAGUAUUUCAGAUAUGGGCCUCCAGAGACUUACGGCACCAGUAAGAAUGAUGAAGAAAGGGCUGGACUCAUUGAAGUCUCUGGACAUUUCUUACAACCCAGUCACAGAGAGAGCUUUCAGAUACCUCAUGUGCCUCCCAAAACUUGAAAAACUAGACGUGUCUGGAACGGGUAUGAAGCUCGGUCCAGGGCUUAAGAGAUGCAUCUGCGACUACCUCGGGCUCAUCCACUCUGAAAAACCACUGGACGAAUUUGAUCAUUCCAAAUGUAAAACGGAAGGAUGGGCAGAGCAGGUGGUAAACCAAUGGGAAACCAUUGGGACACAAAUGCCAAAGCUGAAGAAACUUGAAGAGUCUAGGACAUCUGCACUACGCUUUUUCGGCAGGCAGAAGUUUGUGCGUGACAUCCUGAAUGCAGCGCCUCUGAUACAGGAGGACGACGAUGCCAAUAAGGACACAUUACAAUUCCACAAAGCUGAUCACUCAACGAAACAGGAAAAACAGCAUGCCUCCACAGCCUGUACUGAAGACAAGGCUUUACUGAACACGAGCAACAAGAGAGCGCGGCAGACGGAGCAGCCAGACACUGAAGACCCGCCUUCCAAAAGAUCUGGCGCCUUCACCGCAGCAGACAUGGACUUGUUAAACAGCUAUUAA